AAAGUAGUACCAUUCGUCGAACUGACUGUGGCACACGCUUCGGUUCUAACAAUCUUGGCAAUCAGCUUCGAGCGGUACUAUGCGAUUUGCGAGCCGCUACGAGUCGGGCAAGUGCUUUCAAAUCCCAUAAUCUGGGUCUCUCAGUACCAGGAGGUGCGCGUGAAGGACAGCAAGAACGAUCAAGACGCGAGGAACUUUGUUCCAGUCUGUCUGACCAUGGCUGACACUAGCACCACCGUGGCGUUCUUCCUGCUUCUGGUCAUCCUCUUCUACAUAGUUCCGUUGUUGAUUCUACUGGUGCUGUACACGUUCAUCAUUAGACGAUUGAUGCCGGAUUCCGGCAACGCCGGCGACUCUUACCACGCAAGAGCGAAGAAACACGCGAUUACGAUGUUACUGUCGGUGGUCGUCAGCUUCUUCGUCUGUCUGUCGCCGUACAGGAUCCUCAUCUUUUACAUAGUGGUCGCGCCAGCUGAACAAAUCGCAGCCAUCGAUCGUGACACGUUCUUCGCCUAUCUCAAUUUCAGCAGGAUCAUGUUUUACCUGCACAGCGCCAUCGAUCCGAUGUUAUAUAAUUUGAUGAGUAGUAAGUUUAGAAAAGGGUUCUCGGACCUGUGCAGAAUGAAGAAGCACUCCAACUCCAGGGGACGUGGUAGGAACAAUGUGACUGCAGGAGCUAGAAAAGUCGAUGCUAGCGAACAGGAAGAAAACUUUAGAGAAAAACUAUCUAUUUACAGCCCGAUGCUGCUGAUGGCCACCUACGAAGAAGAAGAGAUGAAGAACGGCACGUACAUUCCGACUUGCAACAUUGUUGCAAACUCGUUCUGGCCGAUCAGUUUUGUCCUGUUCACCAUCGUCGUAUUCUUCGUGAUCCCGCUGUUCAUCCUCGUGGUUUUGUACACGGUGAUCGCACGUCAUCUAAUGACGAACUCGACGAUCAGCCGCGGCUCGUCGAACAACUUGCUCAAAUACCGCAAACAGGUGAUGCUGAUGCUCGGCACAGUGGUGUUCUGUUUCUUCUUGUGCCUGUUGCCAUUUAGAGCGCUGACGCUUUGGAUCCUGGUCGUCCCAGUCAAAGUGAUCGUCGACUUCGGUAUCGAGCGUUACUUCACCCUGCUCUACUUCUGCCGGGUGAUGUUCUACCUGAACUCCGCCAUCAACCCAAUUCUGUACAAUCUGAUGUCCACGAAGUUCAGGGAGGGAUUCCUCAGGCUUUGCGGCCUUGGUCCCCACAGGAAGAAAAAGAAGAAAACGUCGGAGAAAACUGGCACUUACACCACUGGCUCGACCAACUGCAGCAGCAAUCAUUCCGAGUUCUGGAGGAGGCACAGCAGUAAUAAGAGCAGCAGCGUUAAGGCGCCUUCCAACAAUAUCGUCGCGGAGAAACAGAUCAAAGUGCCGCUUCAGACGACGGUCGUUAGCGGAAGCGUCGUUAGAAAGAAGCAGGAGAGUUACGUU